AUGAGUACUGUUACCGAGGAGCCUUUGCUUAAGCAGGAUCUUUCAAAGCUUGAUGUUACCAAAUUAACAUCACUAUCGCCAGAAGUUAUUAGUAGACAGGCCACAAUUAAUAUUGGGACCAUCGGCCACGUCGCCCAUGGUAAAUCCACAGUAGUUAAGGCGUUAUCUGGAGUACAUACAGUUCGCUUCAAACAUGAAAAAGAACGUAACAUAACAAUAAAACUAGGGUACGCGAACGCGAAAAUAUACAAAUGUACGAACCCGAACCACGAGGCGCCAAGCUGUUACAAAUCUUACGGAAGUAAGAAGCCAGAUAACCCACUGUGUGAAAAGCCAGGAUGCGGGUACAAAAUGGAGCUUAAGAGGCACGUGUCGUUUGUUGACUGCCCGGGUCACGAUAUUCUCAUGGCCACCAUGUUAAACGGAGCAGCGGUAAUGGACGCAGCACUGUUGCUAAUCGCAGGAAAUGAGCCGUGCCCACAGCCUCAGACGAGCGAACACCUGGCAGCAGUGGAGAUCAUGCGCCUGAAAAACAUACUGAUACUGCAAAACAAGGUGGAACUGAUCAAGGAGUCGCAGGCUCUGCAGAGACAACAGGAAAUCAGAAAAUUCAUAUCGGGAACGGCUGCAGACGGAUCACCAAUUGUCCCAAUUAGCGCAGUGCUCAGGUACAACAUAGACGUGGUCAGCGAGUACCUGGUGACGCAGGUGGCAGUGCCGCGCAGGAACUUCGUGUCGCCCCCGCACAUGAUCAUCAUCCGCUCGUUUGACGUUAACAGGCCGGGCGAAGAGGUUGAGGCACUGCAAGGAGGCGUGGCGGGAGGAAGCAUCCUCCACGGAGUCCUGAGGGUUGGCGACGAGAUUGAAGUGAGGCCAGGCAUCAUAUCAAAAGACCCGCAGGGAAACAUAUCCUGUAAAUCCAUUAUGUCAAGAGUGGUAUCACUGUUCGCCGAACAGAAUGACCUCCAGUUUGCAGUGCCAGGUGGCCUGAUAGGUGUGGGCACGACGAUGGACCCUACACUGACGCGCGCAGACCGUCUCGUGGGACAAGUGAUAGGCCAUGUUGGGACCCUCCCGGAUUGUUUCGUAGAGAUUGAGAUAUCAUACUACUUGUUAAGGAGGCUGCUGGGCAUUAAGACCCUGGAUAGCGACAAGAGCACCAAGGUAUCGAAGCUUAAAAAGGGGGAGUUCCUCAUGAUUAACAUCGGGUCCACCUCCGUGGGAGGGAGAGUCACCGGAAUAAAGCCGGACAUGGCCAAGUUCGAGCUCACAGGGCCAGUCUGCACGAGGAUUGGAGACAAGGUGGCGCUCUCGAGAAGGGUCGACAAGCACUGGCGCCUGAUAGGCUGGGGACAAAUUAACAGAGGAAAGUCACUGGAGCUCCAGAAGUACUAA